UUGCAUUCUGCACCACACACGACACACCCCCCCUCCCCCCCUCCCUCGCUCCCAUUCUCAUCCAGCUACCGCUCGAGCUUGGAGCUUGUGUUUUGUGAGCUUGUUGGUUGAAUUGAAAGAUGGAGCUAACCACCAUCAAGGAUGCAUUUGACCGUGUUAAUAAGAAGCAAAAAUUAUCUUCUUCUAAAUCCCAAGAAGUUAUUGACCAAGUUGGCCGGGAAAUUGAACAAGCUUUGGAAAAGAUCCAGUCAGCUGAUGACCCCACCUCCCCUUUUGAUCAGAAGUCCAUCCUUACGGAUCUUGUACUCGAGCUCAAUGCAAUUGACCCACUCCACCAAUUAGAAGGACCACAGAAGGAACUAAACCUAAACCUUAGCAAGUACCAGAAACUACUUGAAAGAUUCUUCAAUCCUGACAUAUCUAAGGCAUAUAGAAAUGUAGACUUUGACCUCCACAUUGUGAAUCAGAUUCUUGCGAGCCAUUUUUACCAGGAAGGCUUGUUUGAUCUUGGAGAUAGCAUAUUAAACGAAGCUGGAGAACCAGAGGCGACUGUAUUAAAAUCUCAAUUCUUGGAUAUGCAUCAGAUAAUUGAGGCUGCAAGACUUCGGAACCUUGAGCCUGCGCUGAAAUGGGCCUCUACCAACCGGGAGAAGCUCAAGCAGAAUGGUUCAAAGAUCGAGCUUAAACUUCAUCAACUGCAGUUUUUGGAUGUUUUGCAGAAAGGAACCCGAGCUGAUGCAGUCAUAUAUGCCAGAACUUACCUUGCUCCAUUUUAUUCCCUUCACAAGAAGGAGUUCCAGAAGCUUAUGUGUUGCCUUCUGUGGGCAGGAAGGAUUGGAAGUGCCCCGUAUCCUGAGAUCACGUCUCCAUCCCAUUGGGAGAACUUGACUGAAGAGCUGACCAGGGAAUUCUGCAGCGUCUUAGGGCAUUCAUAUGGGAGUCCAUUGGGUGUGGCAAUAUCGGCUGGUAUUGAAGGGCUGCCUACUCUUCUAAAGCUGGUAAGUGUCAUGUCUGCAAAGAAGCAGGAGUGGCAGGCAAUGAAACAGCUGCCAGUGCCAGUUGAAUUGGGAAAAGAAUUUCAAUUUCAUUCAAUCUUCGUCUGUCCUGUGAGUAGGGAUCAAGGUAGUGAAGAGAAUCCGCCAAUGCUGAUGCCAUGUUCACAUGUUCUUUGUAAGCAAUCAAUGAUGAAGUUGUCGAAAAGUGGAACACGGUCGUUUAAAUGUCCGUAUUGCCCAGCAGAGAUUUCAGUUGGACAGUGGAGGCAACUGUAUUUCUGAAGUGAGUUUGCGAAAUCUCUCUCUCUCCCCCGCCCCCAAAAUAAAAGCAAAGAUAGUGCAGCGGCAAUGAUUUGGUGGAUUAUCCCCCGACUUGUGGGACUAAUUCCUCUUUUAAUUCUAGUUUUUCUGUUAUUCAUGAUUAGAAACAAAUCAAAAAGACAAAAAAAAUUGGUGUGGUAGGUUACUGCAGACGCAAUGGCUGCAUUCAACCUGUGCUUUGGUAUUUUGUGUAUAGAUAUUCUUUCAAGAUUCGUUUUUUUUUUUUUUUUUUGGAAAGACCGGUUGGUAAAAUAAUAACUUGACUAGUUGUUUGUACAUGAUAGUAAGAUGGUGAUCUUGCACCACUGAUCUCGUUGUUUUUC